GCCCAAUCUGUUUUGGGAAACGUUAGUCUAAACUCUAAACCUCCAAGGACAGGACUUUACUGGACGAAGCCGAGAAACUCAGUCACACACGAACGCCUUUCGGCGGUUUGCGACGCGGAAGUCGGAAGGCCGGCCUCCAAGCCGCCCAGACACCGACGCAGCGACGGCUGUGACGCUUGGCUGCCUCCCAAUCGGCGCCCGUCCCUGCCUAUUCUCAGUGCACAUGCGAUCCGAUUCUUCUAAAUUUCAGGCCAGAAUCCCAGCCCCUCCGGCCCUUCGACCCCCUGCCCUUUGGUGCAUUCUGCCUGCUUCUGUUCCUGGUGGACGCAUACUCUGAUCCUAAUCAUUGGUUCAAGACACUUCUCAUUUCUGUGACUAGCUGCCUCCAGUUAUCUAUCCAAUGGCUGCUCAUAUGACCAUGGCUAGCGAGGAGCCCUAGGUGGCGUCGGCCAUCCGAAAACCAGUGCUCGUCAACCGCGUCUCCCAGUUCGUCGCUAAGUGCGCAGGUUUCUUCUCAGUCGCGAGCACCUCUUUCCAGUUCUCUGGCUUCGUUGCGAACUGUUUCUCCUCACCGAUCAUCAUCGUUUGUCGUUCUCCUAGUUCACAGAUGCUAACCACUUCUCCCAGUUCGCAGAUGCAAGCCACUUCUCCCAGUUCACAGAUGCAAGCCACUUCUCCAAGUUCACAGAUGUGAACUACUUCUCUCAGUCCGCAGACCGUGUCACAAGUGGAAGAUAUCACUUCGCGUCAGAGUACGAUGCUAUCGAAAGAAGAAUUUUCUUGUUCGCAAGUUUCGUCACAAGACUUUUCUCACCCUGCUCAAGAAUCUCCCCAGUCGAUAAUUAAUACUGAGUUGAAGACAGUUGAAUCAGUAACCAAGGAACUGAAUCCAGACGAUGAACUCGAGGAGCAAUCUACACUUCUACAGUUGCCGAUUGACCUGAAGUUGUUUCCGUUGCUGGAUCCCUCAUUGAUACCAUUUCUUCCAAGUAUGAGCCUGUCAAGUCAGAUCUGGGAACCAAUUUGUUCAAGCUAAACUGGGCGACAGAUGAGGAUAAGAGGGAGUUUACUGGGAUCGCAAUGAAUGGAUUUAUGUGGGGGAAGGGGCAGAUAACUGCUUACUGCUUAUACCUGGAAACCUCUGAAGGAGGCAGUGAUUAGGAGUCAUCCAGAAUGGGUUCAAAAUUCAGUCGCACUAAUGAUUAGCAUUGAAUGGGUAGGCACAGUAUUGAAGUUCAGUGAUGAUGACAAGAGGGGAUGGAAGGAAAAAGGGGCUGUAUGAAUAAACCUCAGCAUUGGGUAGAAGGAUUGAAGGGAAUCACAUGUACCCGUAAAUAUGAGGGAGGUGCUGAUGGGACUUGUCAUAGUGGCAGUCUUUGCCAUAGCAGUGAUGUAUUCAAUGGAAAUUUUGUUCUCACUGUUGUUCGGUUUUAUUACUUGAGAUUUCACUCUUACAUACAUCAUGUGAAGUUCAGAUCAGUUGUUCAUUCUGUGAGAUGCAGCUCUAGAGUGGUUACUGUCCUACCAGCGGCUCAGAUAUACUGUGGUAAUACCACAUAUUUAGAGAGGGAUUAUAACUUUGUCACAAACCCUGUUGCUAGGGGUUAUUCGGGAUCUGGAAACCUGGGCAUUUGGAAAGCUUCCUUUAAUACCUCUGCAAUUGAAUCUGCCAUUGUUGUUAGUCAGUUAAUGGAUGUUCCUGCUGUUCUUAUUAUCAGUCCUAGGGAAUACUUCAGGUCAGAUGCUACAAUUUCAAGGAGUGAAGCAAUGGAAACCCAAGGGCUUGGGUUAUAUCGUGAGGCAAGAGCUGUUAGCAAAUGGAAGAUUGAGCAGUUGGUGAUCGGUAAAGCUCAGUUCCAAUAUGAACAAAGCCACCCUAGUGAUACUGAUGUUCUGAAGGCAGAGGAUCUAUUGAUGCUAUUGCUAGAAUAAGUGAGGAGGAAAAUUCAAUUAUGGAAGCUCCUUGUCCAGCAAACAGUGAGGUAUUGGGAAGGAAGACGCACCAGGAUGAAGAGGAAGAUCAUGGCUGAUUCCCAUCACCCACCUUGAGGACAAGGUGAUUGUUUAAAGGGGGGAGAUAUGAUAGGGACCCAGGAGAUUGAGGAUGACGAUGAUUAUGUUGAGUAUGUUCCUGUGGCAAAACGAAGGGCGCUUGAGGCACAGAAAAUCCUACAACGAAAGGGCAAAUCCGCACCGUUAGAAGAGGAAACUGAAAAGACAAAACAAGUUGAGGCAAAGCCGAGCUUGCUUGUGAAGGCCACUCAGCUAAAGAAGGAAAUGCCAGAGGUGAGUGUGACUGAGCAAAUGGUUCAGCAAGAGAAAGAAAUGAUUGAGCAUCUCUCUGAUAGAAAGACUCUGAUGUCAGUGCGUGAACUUGCAAAAGGGAUUACCUACACAGAACCUAUGUUCACUGGUUGGAAGCCUCCAUUAGUCAUCAGAAGGAUGGCAAAAAGAGCUCGUGACACCAUUCGUAAGCAGUGGCACAUUAUUGUGGAUGGAGAUGAUAUCCCUCCGCCCAUCAAGAAUUUUAAGGAUAUGAGGUUUCCGGACCCUAUCCUGGACAAGCUUAAAGCUAAGGGAAUUGUUCAACCGACUCCGAUCCAGGUACAAGGAUUGCCUGUCAUCUUGUCUGGAAGAGAUAUGAUUGGAAUAGCAUUUACAGGAUCAGGGAAGACACUGGUUUUUGUUUUACCACUUAUCAUGGUGGCCCUACAGGAGGAGAUAAUGAUGCCUAUUGUGCCUGGAGAAGGGCCAUUUGGAUUAAUAAUUUGCCCAUCCAGGGAGCUUGCACGACAGACAUAUGAAGUAAUAGAAGAGUUCCUAGAGCCUUUAAGGAGGUCUGGGUACCCUGAGAUAAGACCUCUAUUAUGCAUUGGAGGAAUUGACAUGAAGUCCCAGCUAGAUGUGGUGAAAAAAGGAGUUCAUAUUGUGGUUGCAACACCUGGAAGACUUAAAGAUAUGCUCGCUAAAAAGAAAAUGAGCCUUGACAAUUGCAGAUAUUUAACACUAGAUGAAGCGGACAGAUUAGUUGACCUCGGUUUUGAAGAUGACAUCAGGGAAGUGUUUGAUCAUUUUAAAGCCCAAAGGCAAACUCUACUUUUUUCUGCCACAAUGCCCACAAAGAUCCAAAACUUUGCGAGAAGUGCUUUGGUUAAACCCAUAACGGUGAAUGUGGGAAGAGCUGGAGCAGCUAACUUAGAUGUUAUCCAAGAAGUAGAGUAUGUGAAGCAGGAGGCUAAGCUGGUUUACCUUCUUCACUGUUUGCAGAAAACGCCUCCUCCUGUUUUAAUAUUUUGUGAGAACAAAGCUGAUGUGGAUGACAUACAUGAGUACCUGCUUUUGAAAGGAGUGGAAGCUGUUUCUAUUCACGGAGGAAAGGACCAAGAAGAGAGGGAGUAUGCCAUUUCAUCAUUCAAAGCAGGAAAGAAGGAUGUGUUGGUGGCAACUGAUGUUGCCUCCAAAGGGUUGGAUUUUCCUGAUAUUCAGCAUGUGAUAAACUACGAUAUGCCCGCUGAAAUCGAGAACUACGUACAUAGGAUCGGGCGUACAGGUAGGUGUGGCAAAACAGGAAUUGCCACAACGUUCAUAAACAAAACUCAGAGCCCAACAACCCUUCUUGAUCUGAAACAUCUCCUGCAAGAAGCCAAGCAAAGGAUUCCUCCAGUUCUUGCUGAACUUGAUACUCCAGGGGAGAAUGAUGAUGCAAUCACAAAUGCAAGUGGGGUCAAAGGUUGUGUCUACUGUGGUGGUCUUGGUCAUCGUAUUAGUGAUUGCCCCAAGCUCGAGCAUCAAAAGAGCCAGCAAAUCGCCAAUCAAAGGAGAGAUUACUUUGGAUCUGGCGGAUAUCGAGGAGAAAUUUGAUUUGCUAUUUUGUAUUUUCUUAUAUUUUGUCCUUAUAAUUUUCUGCUCAUUCAAUAACUGGAUUUUAUCUUUUGUAGCACAGUUGUUUACAACGCAAUUGCCCCCUUGUACUUGUGUACAGAUGAGAAGUAUGAACUUUAUUUCAUGAUAUUGUGAUGUAGAGAAGGUUCCAGCCAGCUUAGUAGUCUUGAAUGUAUCAGUGCGAUUACUCCG